ACCGUAGUGUUUCUUGAGGCGAUGGCGGCCGAUGGAUGCAGUAACACCACAAAGAACAAGUGGUACACCGCAGACUAAUUGUUUUGUUUCUCAGCGUCGUCGUGAAUACUUUAAACAUACCCCCCAACAUAUCUUUGUGUUUAGUCUCCGGUGCAGGGGAGGGCAGCAGGACACUGAAAUUCCCCCGCCAACUGUCACACACGAGGAGCAAGAAGAGAAAGAACCGCAGACGCGCGCACUCGUGAGCGCGCACAGACACUAAAUCCGCUAGACAACUAAACCUGUCCCAGACCGCGGGAGAGAUGACUGUUUUUACCGUUUUAGCAAAUCUUCAUGUACGGACCACCUGUAUCCAUUUGUACCCUUAAGGAAACUAAUUAUUCUGUGGAAUACAACUAUUUGGGAGGACGCCUUACUCAUCUUUUGUUUUCUUUUGGAGAAAAAAGCCGCACGGGGUUGUCGAGCCAGUGGGUAACGUUAACGUUAACGUGAGUCAGGAGUUGGAACAACGACAAGCUUUCCGUACUAACUUACAUUUCAAAAAACUCUUUUGCAGGACACGUAACCUUUUAAGACUUUUUUUAGGGGCUAACAAUGACCCUGGACUGCCCAAAACAGUGUCAGAGGCUAAGCUAGGUUUUGAUCUGAACUAUUAUGAAAGCUACACGCUGUGUUGACCAAGCGGGUAUUUAUAGCGAAAAUUUGGAGCGUUACUCCAAAGGCUAUUGCUAAAGGAAACCCACAUUUUAAAGUUUAAAUCCACUGUCAACUUUCUAACGUUAGCUAAUUGAAUGACCCAGGAUUCACCAUGUCGUUUUUUAAUUUCCGUAAAAUAUUUAAAUUGGGAUCUGAGAAGAAGAAGAAACAGUAUGAACACGUCCGCAGAGAUGAGAAUCCAGAGGAAAUAUGGGACAUAAUCGGUGAAUUGGGAGAUGGCGCCUUUGGAAAAGUCUUCAAGGCUCAAAACAAACAGACCGGCAUCCUAGCUGCAGCCAAAGUUAUUGACACAAAGACCGAGGAGGAAUUGGAGGACUACAUGGUGGAGAUCGACAUCCUGGCCUCCUGCGACCACCAAAACAUUGUCAAACUGCUCGACGCUUUCUAUUAUGAGAGCAAACUCUGGAUCCUCAUCGAGUUCUGUGCAGGAGGGGCUGUGGAUGCUGUCAUGCUAGAACUGGAGAGACCCCUUACAGAGCCUCAGAUCAGGGUGGUUUGUAAGCAGACUCUGCAGGCCCUCGUCUACCUUCACGACAACAACAUCAUCCACAGAGACCUGAAGGCUGGCAACAUCCUCCUCACGCUGGACGGUGACGUCAAGCUGGCUGACUUUGGUGUCUCUGCCAAAAACACCAAGACGCUGCAGAGGAGAGACUCUUUCAUUGGAACGCCUUACUGGAUGGCUCCAGAGGUGGUGAUGUGCGAGACGUCCAAGGACCGUCCAUACGACUACAAGGCUGAUAUCUGGUCCCUUGGGGUCACCUUGAUUGAGCUGGCACAGAUUGAGCCACCCAAUCACGAGAUGAACCCCAUGAGAGUCCUGCUGAAAAUAGCCAAGGCUGAUCCCCCUACCCUGAUGCAGCCAUCACGCUGGUCCCCAGAAUUCAGUGAUUUCUUAAGGCGGUGUCUGGACAAGAAUGUGGACAACAGAUGGAGUCCGACGCAGCUGUUACAGCAUUCAUUUGUGUCCAGUGUGAUAGACAACAGGCCACUGAGGGAGCUCAUAGCCGAGGCGAAGGCUGAGGUCACCGAGGAGAUUGAGGAGCACAAAGAGGAAGAAGAGGAGGAAGAGACAGAAGCACAUCUGGGUCACAAACGCGCCGCUUCUGAUGUCAGCGUCGCCAGCACAGAGGAAGAGAAGAUCCCCGUCUCUCCCUCCGUCUUGGAAUCAGUCCCUGAGAAGGCUGAGCCACUGCUGCCCGUGGCCACGCCCACUGAGCUCCCUGUGGCCACGCCCACUGAGCUCCCUGUGGCCACGCCCACUGAGCUCCCUGUGGCCACGCCCACUGAGCUCCCUGUGGCCACGCCCACUGAGCUCCCUGUGGCCACGCCCACUGAGCUCCCUGUGGCCAACCAUGUGGUGGACACUAGCUUUGUGGAGGAGCCCGCUGCCCCUGGCGCUGGGGAGCACACGGAGGAGUCUUCAAUCACUCCAGUUGAGGGUGGUGAGGUAGAACAGAAACAAGUGGAGGAAACGCUUCCAGAAGCAGGAGUAGAUGUUGCCUCCCCAGGACCAGAGGCUGAACCAGAGGCACCUGCUAAGGAAAUGCAGCAGCUGGAGAUUGCUGUUGAGGAUGAAAAGGAAGUGGACACAGCCGAGGUUCCAGCCAAUACACAGACCAGCACAGAGAGUUCAGAGGUCACUGAAGCUCCUCAGGAGGAAAAGAUGACUGUUGUGGAGGAAUCAAGCACACCAGCAAAGGAGGAGGAGGACCAGUACAAACAUCUGAAGGUGACACUGACACUACCAGAGCCAGACAAAGUUCUUCCAGAAGAGGAGAAUGGCGAGAAACCCACAGAAAAGGAUAAAAUAAAUGCAGAAGAUGAGAAGACUGUUCCAGACAAAGCUAAGGAUGAUAAGGAGAGAGAUUCAGACUCGGGGAGCGUCUCAGCCGCAGAUAACAGCAGCGUUGACCUCAAUCUGUCUAUCUCAAGCUUUCUGUCCAAGACAAAAGAGCGUGGAUCUGUUUCCAUACAGGACACAAGGCGUCAGAAGAAGACGUUGAAAAAGACUCGCAAAUUCAUUGUGGAUGGAGUGGAAGUUAGCGUGACUACAUCAAAGAUCGUCACUGACAAUGAUACCAAGAACGAGGAGAUGAGAUUCCUGAGGCGCCAGGAGCUGAGGGAGUUGCGUCUCCUGCAGAAGGAGGAGCAGAGGGCCCAGCAGCAGCUCAGCAACAAGCUGCAGCAGCAAAAAGAACAGAUCUACCGGCGCUUUGAACAGGAGACCACGGUGAGUGACCCAACUCAGAAAUACGUCCAGCUGCUGUUGGAGAGCAAAAAAGAGGUUCCCCCUAAGCAGCAGGACUGGAGCCCCACUCUGGACCAGGAGGACCCACGAGAGCCUCCACGCAUUGAAGAGGAGUCGAGCCCCAGUCUGGACCAGGAGGACCCACCAGAGCCUCCACGCAUUGAAGAGGAGUCGAGCCCCAACGUCCAGCUGCUGUUGGAGAGCAAAAAAGAGGUUCCCCCUAAGCAGCAGGACUGGAGCCCCACUCUGGACCAGGAGGACCCACGAGAGCCUCCACGCAUUGAAGAGGAGUCGAGCCCCAGUCUGGACCAGGAGGACCCACCAGAGCCUCCACGCAUUGAAGAGGAGUCGAGCCCCAAGGAUGGAAAUGAAGCUGCAGAGAUGCUUGUUGAGCAGAUUCCCUGCAGCAGGAUUGAAGUACUGAGGGAGAUGGAGCAGAUGCAGCGCUACAACCAGCGUCUGAUUGAGGAGAUGAAGAACAAGCAGACACAGGAGAGAGCCAGACUGCCGAAGAUUCAGCGCAGCGAGGCCAAGACCCGCAUGGCCAUGUUCAAGAAGAGCCUUCGUAUCACUGGGGCCGCCAUCACCCCCGAGCAGGAGAGGGAGAAGGUCAAACAGUUUGCAGCCCAGGAGGAGAAGAGACAGAAGAAUGAGAGGCUCCAUCAGCAGCAGAAACAUGAAAACCAGAUGAGAGACCUGCAGCUGCAGUGUGACGCCAACAUCCGAGAGCUUCAGCAGAUGCAGAACGAGAAGUGCCACCUGCUGAUUGAACAUGAGACCCAGAAGCUGAAGGAAUUAGACGAGGAGCACAGCCUGGAGCUGAAGGAGUGGCGGGAGAAACUACGACCCAGGAAGAAGGCCCUGGAGGAAGAGUUUGCCAGGAAGCUGCAGGAACAGGAAGUGUUCUUCAAGAUGAGCGGAGAGUCGGAGUGCCUUAACCCCUCCACCCAGAGCCGCAUCUCCAAGUUCUACCCGAUCCCCACCGUCCACUCCACCGGUUUCUAGGAGAAACCUACGUACACAUGCACAGAAAUACAUACGGUGCACAUGGACAUGAGUGCACACGCACCGACAGUUAAGACCGAACCUGUGCUGCCUUGCCCUAAUCCUCUGAAAGCUGUUGGACAGUGUGAGAAGCAUUUCUGUUAAUGGACUUUGUUCCUCAGUCUGCAGCUCUGCCCUGCAAUACUCUUACUUAUUUUGCAAAUGUGGUCAUAUUUUCAAACUACUACAGUCAUUUUGAAAGAGAAUUAAUAUUUUCAGAUCCAGUGUCCAGUGGUCUUCGACUCAAAACCACUAAAGUGAAGUAGCUCUCUGUUUUCUCGCUGUCUGAUCAUUAUUUGCUGCUCAGUUUUUCUCCCAUUUAGACAUUGGCACUAAAGAAAGGAAAGAAUUUUUAUUUUUUAUGUUUUUUUUGUUUUUUUUUACACACAAUGUUGAUGAUUCAAUUUGAUUAAAUAUUAAAUAGCAAUCUCAUAAUUUUAUAAUAAGUGAUGAUAAAAUUGAAUUUAUUUCUGAUACAGGAGCCAGAGCACAUUUUUAAUAUGAAGGAAUGAUCAUAGAAUAUAUCUUUUACUACAUUAAAAAUCUCUGUUUGAAUUGUAGGUUGUGUUACAUCAGAGGUUCAACUAACCCGUCUAAUGCAUGAUUUUAAAGCAAGCUUUCUUAAGUUUUUCUAACAGAAAUGAUUCCUUCUUUGAGGGUUUUUCUUCAGAAUGCCUUUGUGUCUCGAGCAUAACCUGAGAUCACUAUUUAGCAACAAGCAUUAGUUACUUGUUGUGAACAUGGAGGUGUGGAGAUGGUGUUUACAUCCAGAGACAAAUGAUCACUGUUGGGACACUAAGGAAGUCACUGUGGUGGCAGAAAAAAAGACUGCAACAAGCAUUUAUGUACCUGUAUGUUUGUCAGUCUGCUUUUUCUGUUUUACGUAACACCACUUUAUCAUUGUCAAGCAAAACCUAUGUACCUAUAGGAGCAUUAUUCAGGGAUGAAUAAAGAAUGCAAUAUUUUCCACAAAUUCUGGAAACAUUUUGACAGUCUUGUGACUUUCUAGCAUGCUACUUUAAACAGAAAUCACCUAAUCUGCAGUACAGACGAUGACACGUCCUUUGUAUGUGCUUUGGUUUUCUUAAUAUGACUCCUCAUAAGGUAUUUUACUACCAGAUGUAUCAUGGGUUGGCCUGCAUGGCUUUUCUUUCUUCUUUGUAUUGAAAUGAUAAUACUGUUUUUAUUGUAAUGCUAGCUAAUAGCCUUAAUAGUUCAGGAAAGCUGUACUGUACUGUACCCGCCUUUAAAGAUUUUGGUUGAACUGUAGGUUUUGUGCCACCUCGCCAACUUAAUGUUCUGUUCUGACUUUAUGAAGGAUAUUAACAAAUUCAGAAUUAUUGCAUCUGUAUUCAAAGUAACAAAAACAGAACAUGAACUCGUAGCAGUUUUUUAUUUUUAUUUAGACUGAUGUAUUAACGUAGUUGUAAAAACAAAAUGUUCAAAAAAUGGACCUGACUGGUUUAGGCCAUCUUGACUUCUGAUUGGUUCAUUUGAUCAACUUUUUUUUAUGAUUGGCUAUUGAGAGUUAUGGUUAGUCAGAGGUAUUUAAUAACUGAACUGUAGAAAAUGCAAUGAAGGAGUGCUGUGCACCUUUUUAAAAAACUUUCUCAGUAGCUAUUUAUAUAAAAACAUCUCCCAAGCUACAGCAUCUGUACUGUAGCUUAUUAAUUGCAGUUUGCAGUGUGCAUCAGUCAGUUCUUGUUCUGUUGGUCAGUGAGAUUCUUCAAAAAGUCAGUAAAUUGAUUUAAUUCUGAAUGUUGAAUGAAAAUGAUAUCCAUAUCAAAAUUGUUAUGCAUUUAAAAAAAUAAAUGUAUAGUUUUUAGAUUACCUGUGUAAAGUAGAUUUUGAUUUUUGCUGUAAAUAAACAUUUUUCUCUGUUCUACAA